AUGUUAGUCACUUCCGAUGAAGACAUUGAUGACACAUCAAAAUCUAUAAUAUACAACCAUUUCCACUCGCCAAUAUUCAAAGGCACUAUUCUCGGAUGUAUUGUUUCUAUCGCAAUGUUAAUAUUAGCGAUCUUUAUAGGAAUGAAAGGUCAUAUAAAAGGCUUCGAUGUUUUAUGGGAUUUACGUGUUGGAUUCUUCUUGACGAUUGUAACAAUAAUUACAAGGAUAACGUCUUAUGUUAUAGAGUUUAUGAUACCGACAAUUUUUGCAGGAAUAUUAGUCUUAAUUCAAGUUACCAAUUUAAAUGAAUCUGGUACAAAUAUCAAUCAAUUAAUGGAAGCAUCUAUAGCCCAUGGUAUAUGGAGUAUUACGAAAGCAUGUUUUAAUUCUGGUCGAACACGUAAACUGGCCAUCAUUAUUGCUUUACCACUACUUUGGCAAUAUGUAAUUACAAUGGCUGAUUUAUUCAUUCACGCAACUUCCAUCGGAAAUUUACAACGAUUACAAGGAUCAACAAUUCAGAGCCCAAGAUCACUAGAAAUAGCAACAAAUUGUUCUGAUAUAUCUUACUCAGAUAAUUGCAUAUCACACGUUCAAGAUCCAAGAAAAGUAUUAGAAGUGUAUCAAAACGUGAGCGAGUCCUUUCAAAUUCGGAGUAAUGAAGAUGUAAUUUAUCUUUUGCAAUCUCCACCUCCACAACAAUCCUAUUCAUUUUCAGGAUCUGGUAUCUUUUUACAACCAUCUUGUAAACCAAUCAGUAGUAUAUGUAAUGUAAAAGUAUUUAAUGGCGGUAUUACAAAUUACACCUGCCCUCAAACUUUAUGGUCUGUUUCAGGAAAUACGGUAACAAAUGCUUUUUUCGUCAACAUUACUUCUGCUAUCAAUAAUCUCGAAAGGUAUGAAGCAUCUAAUCCUAUACAUGCAAUUGUAAAUAUGCAUUUUGAUGUAGAUAAAUCUGCACAUUAUGAUUCUGAAUUCGUAGUAGAAUUACACAAUUACCUUACAAUUUUACUACACUGUCAAAUAUUGGCUUCAAAAAUCGAUUAUGUUGUUACCCUUGGAUCGUUAAAAGUAAUUUCACAAGAAAACUUGACAAAUUCACAACUUUUUACCCUUGGUGCUGCAUCAAUGCAAUAUAUAAUGGUGUAUCGAGCAAUAGAUGAUGUUGAAAUUGUAGCACACAAAGGGAAUAGCACAUUAUUAGCUAAUGAAUUUGCACAAAAAUGGGCUCAAGCAACAAUAUCUACAUUUAGCGUUGUAGUACAAGAAAACGGAGUAGGGAAAGGAUAUAAUUAUAUACUUGAAGAGAAUAUAGAUCAAACUAUCAUUCCAUUUUCGAGAUUGCUUUAUCAUGCCUUGAUUGAGAAGCAUGACAGAGAAGAUAGAAGUUUGGACAGUUUGGCAGCACAAGCGAGAAGAUUAGAAAUGAUUGAGUGUAGCAUUAAAACGGAUCAAGGUCAUUUAGAAUUUCAUAAAAUUUCAAAAGAAAUGCUUUAA